AUGUCAAUAACCGAGUCUCGGCCGGUAAUUACCCACCAGCGCCCAGUGAUAAACCGAGCAUCUCCGAUGAGGAGGAAGAUUGUUUUGUUUACAAACAAUCUUCCUCCCUGUCAGCUCGAGCACACUGCUCGGGAUGGCUGUGCACAGUACAGCCAUCCCAAUCAGUGUGCUUACAGUGAAGAACACACGCCCUGCCCCCUAGUAAAACACUUCCAGCACACAGUUAACCCCUUGAUUGCCCCCUAUGUUAGCCCCUUCCUUCCCAGUGCCAUUAGCACAGUGUCAGUGCUUUUUUUAGCACUAAUCACUGUAUUGGUGUCACUGGGGUGUCAGUGGCACCAAGUCAGUUCCGCCCAGUGUCAGAAUGUCCCGCAGUCCCGCUAA